AAAAGUACGAAAACAACUUCAAAAUUAUCAGAAAAUUAAAGAAAUUCUCAGAAGCAUUUUACUCUGUCUUCCUCCCAAUUCCUCACCAAUUCCCUGGAACUCAAAAAAUUUACCACAAAUCAAGAUCAGAAAUUUUUCUCCUGAAAUUUAGAGCUCAGAUUUUCAAUUGCUUUCUCAUGGGACUGGUUUUUAUCAAUUCUUGAAAGCCAUGCCAAAGUCCAUGAAUUUCUUUCAGAAUCUGUUGAAGUCCUUCAAGUUGAGUUCUAGCAGAGAGGGCCAAAGUGAAGAGGACUUGGACCAGAUUGCUGCUCAGGAACAGAAGCAGUUUGCAUUUGAGACGUUAGUCUCUGCCACCAAAGAUUUUCACCCAACUCACAAGCUUGGUGAAGGUGGAUUUGGACCUGUCUUUAGGGGGAAGUUGGCCGAUGGGAGAGAAAUUGCCGUGAAGAAGUUGUCCCUUAGCUCAAAUCAAGGGAAGAAAGAGUUCAUGAAUGAGGCUAAGCUCUUAGCACGCGUCCAGCACCGGAAUGUUGUAAAUUUGUUAGGAUAUUGUGCAUAUGGAACAGAGAAGCUAUUGGUUUAUGAAUAUGUCGCUAAUGAGAGUCUUGACAAGUUUCUCUUCAAAUCCGAUAGGAGAGAGCAGCUCAAUUGGAAGCGGAGGUAUGAUAUAAUAACUGGUGUUGCGCGGGGAUUGCUUUACCUUCAUGAGGACUCACACAGUUGCAUCAUCCACCGUGACAUCAAGGCUAGUAAUAUUUUACUCGAUGAUAAGUGGAUUCCUAAGAUUGCUGAUUUUGGUAUGGCUCGUCUCUUCCCUGAAGACCAAACGCAUGUCAAUACCCGCGUGGCGGGCACAAAUGGUUAUAUGGCUCCAGAAUAUGUCAUGCAUGGGCAUUUGUCAGUGAAGGCAGAUGUUUUUAGCUUUGGGGUUUUGGUUCUGGAGCUUAUCAGUGGGCAGAGGAAUUCAACAUUUAAUCAAUCAGUUGAUGCACAAAAUCUACUUGAAUGGGUAUAUAAGCUCUACAAAAGGGACAGGAGUUUGGAGGCGAUGGAUCCAACAUUAGCAUCAUCAGCAGUCAAUGACCAAGUAAAAAUGUGCAUUCAUAUGGGGCUGCUAUGCACACAAGGUGAUCCACAGCUACGGCCAAAUAUGCGACGCAUAGUCAUCAUGCUGUCAAAGAAACCUGGCAAUCUGGAAGAACCAACUAGACCUGGAAUACCCGGUUCAAGAUAUAGAAGAUCUCGCAGGCCACCAGGAAUGUCCUCCGCUGCCGGAAUGUCAUCUGCUGCUGGAAUGUCAUCCACUGCUGGAAUGUCCUCUGCCGGAACAUCCGGUGAUUCAGAUUCCCAUUCUCGGACAUUUGAUUCGAGCUCAAACACUAAUACAGCUACGGCAUCUACAUCGACUCGUACCAGUCCAAGAUUAGAUCCUCAUGGUAAACGUCCCAUAGAAAGCUAAGCUUAGUUCAAUAGAAAUUUUGGAUACAUAUUCUUUGUAUGAUAGGUAUAUAAAAUUUAGUCUUCUAGAGUGUAAAUGUUAAUGAACGAUUAGUUGAUAAAUGCAAGAUUGGAUUGAACCUCGGCUUCUUUAAGCUAUGCAA